AUAAGCCGGCAAGCACCCGCUGGCCGCCGCACUUGCAUUCCCCCCUCCCUUCCCCUCCCCUCCGCCGGAGCGUCGUCUCGAAAUGGCCGCGACCUCCUCCACCGCCACCGCCAUGGCGAUGGCCACCACAUCCUCUACCGCCCCCAUUGCCACCGCGCCCUUCUCCUCCCUCCCCCUCCGCCUCAACCUCCGACCCAAACCCCUCCUCUGCACCUCCCGCCGCCUCCUCCUCCUCCCGGUCCGCAGGUCAUCCUCCUCCUCCUGGGACCAGCCCGUCUCGGAGGAAGGGGAGGAGGAGGAUUCCGAGGAACCCGGUGCCGCCACGGGAGAAGACGAUGGCGAGGAGGAGGGCGACGAGAAGCCACGGCCCGAGCCAGUGGCCGCCUCGGGGUUCGAAUUCGCGGCUCCGCCGGAGGGCUACGUGGAGCCGGCUCCGUUCGACGAGCUACCCCCGGAGUCGCCUGAGGAUGUGGCGGCGGCGUACGAGGCGCUCUACGGGCCGGCCUUCAGCGGCGAGACGGUCAUGGGCAACAACGUCUUCGAGGUCAAGGUGGUGGAUCCUAUCGACAUGGACCGGGAGCAGCGCCCCACCGACGACUUCAGCGAGCGGGUCGUGCAGGUCAACCGCGUCACCAAGGUCGUCAAGGGCGGAAGGCAGCUCUCCUACCGUGCCAUCGUCGUCGUCGGCGACAUGAAGGGCCACGUCGGCGUGGGCGUCGGCAAGGCCAAGGAGGUCACCGAGGCCAUCACCAAGGCUGCCAUGAACGGCCGUCGCAAUCUCGUCACCGUGCCGCUCACCAAGUAUUCGACCUUCCCGCAUAGGGCCGAUGCAGACUAUGGUGCAGCCAGGGUCAUGUUGAGGCCUGCUUGCCCUGGAUCAGGUGUCAUUGCAGGUGGAGCGGUGAGGGUCGUGCUUGAGAUGGCUGGGGUUGAAAAUGCUCUGGGGAAGCAGUUGAGGAGCAAGAACCCCCUGAACAAUGCAAGAGCUACCAUCAAGGCGACCCAGAUGAUGAGGCAGUUCAAGGAUGUCGCUGCAGAGCGCGGGCUUCCAAUGGAGGAGCUAUGGAAAUAAUGAAAUAAAUUAACCUUCAUUCCCUCCAUUAUUUUUUUUCUUUCUUCUCCAUUUCUUGAGUUCAUUGUCAGUUGUAUGUAUCAGUGGGGACAAUCCUGCAUCAUUUCCCCCUCGAAAUGUAUUAUGUCCAUAUUUGCAUGGCAAAGCUUUAGAUGAAUUGAUCUGCAAAUACAUGUAGCUUCAUGUCAUUUGUGCAUCAGUGGCACAGUUUGGAUGAAGUAAUCAACAAAUUAAACAC